AAAUCUCUUCCAAGGCCUUCUCUUUACAGUGUCAGCCAGGGUUUCUCUUUGUCUCUCUGUAGAAAUGGCAACUGCUUCCCCAGCCCCUGUGGAGUCUGUACAAUGUUUCGGCCGCAAGAAGACGGCUGUCGCCGUCACUUACUGCAAGCGUGGUCGCGGUCUGAUCAAGAUCAACGGCUGUCCAAUCGAGCUGGUAGAGCCGGAGAUCUUGCGCUUUAAAGCCUACGAGCCGAUCCUCUUGCUGGGACGACACCGUUUCGCCGGCGUCGACAUGAGGAUUCGCGUGAAGGGCGGAGGACACACAUCGCAGAUCUACGCGAUCAGGCAGAGCAUAGCUAAGGCGCUCGUGGCCUUUUACCAGAAGUACGUGGACGAGCAGAGCAAGAAGGAAAUCAAGGACAUUCUUGUGAGGUACGAUAGGACCUUGCUUGUGGCGGACCCCAGACGGUGCGAGCCCAAGAAGUUUGGUGGUCGUGGUGCCCGAGCUAGGUUCCAAAAGAGUUACCGUUAAAAAGACGUCUUGUUGUUUUACUUUUACCGAAUUUUCGGAAUUUAGACUUCGGCGGGACAUUAGUGAAAUGGAUUAUUGCUGUUUUAGUGUUA